GGCGGGAGCCGCUCCCGGCCCCCGAGGCCGCCCUUGGCGAUGUGUGGGGAGCUGGAGAUCGCUCGGCCGGGGUGGCUUCCGAAACCUGCCCCGGUCCCGGCUCCUUUUGGGGGAAAACCGGGGCUCACUCACAAAAGCGGCCCCCAGGUUCCCGAUGACAUGCGUGUAAACCACCAAGGAAAACACUGUCGGGUUGUAGAAUGAUAGCGGCUGUUGAUGCCUAUAAUCAUCUGUCGGAAGUUACAGUUCGAAGACAUUAAGUCGUGUUCUCAAAGGGGAACCAACAGCCGGAACAAAUACGCAGGAAUGCGAGGAAAAUUUCUCUUUCUACAGCGCCAGGUAUGAGGAAGAAUAGUUAGUUCCCAGUCUGCAUGGCAGUGUACUGUUUAAAGAGGAAGGCAUCAUACCCCAUGCCCUCAAGGAUGAGAGCAUCAUUCCCGACAGAAAAGAAGAUCCAUGUGAGCGGGCAAAAAUGCAGUAGACAAUGAGCCGAAGACAAAAUUUCACUUAGUUUAAUUGUUAUGUGAGUUGUAUAAACCAUACAGACUCUGCACCCUGUGGGAGAAUGGAAGAGACCCCCAGGAGCCUGCGGCCAGAAGCCGAGCGCUGUGGUGGUCCCGAGUCACCAGGGUUUGGUGGCCGCUGUCCAGCUGUGAUCCAGCGGGGAGGAGCGGCCAGCCCAGCGCGACCUGCUCUGGCCCGGGGAGUGCGCCUACAGUGACAGCCCCGCUGGGAACAGGCUGGGCAUCGGCCUCAGCUCGCCCCCGUGCGAAGCUGCAACGAAGUUCUGACAAGAUGUGCAGCACAAAAGGUAAAUCAUUAGCGUUUACUGGAGUGCUUCUCAGCUGCCUAGAAAUGAUAUUUUCAGCAAACACAGCUCCAGAUAUACCUGUUAUUGACCAAGCUUAUUCAAAACUUAGCAACAGUAUCACAGUGGAAUGGAGAGCAGUACCUGGGGCUACUAAUUACAUGCUGACUGCACAAGAUGGAGAUUCCUUUGUUGAAACUAUAGUGAAAAAUUCUCCAGGCACAGUGACGGGACUGAAGCCUGCCACCUUGUACCGAAUCACUGUCAGAUCUAUAAAUUCAGGAGGAAAAAGCCAGCCUUCACCUUUCAGAAAAGUAAAAACAGUCCUGGCUGCUCCGGUUCUGUCUGUUCGUUCUCCGAGUUGUGACUCCAUUGCAGUGAGCUGGAAAGCUGUGCACAUGGCAGCUGGAUUCUCUGUGUCACUCGUGAGAUCAGACGGUUUGGGCAGAAUGCUGAAGCAGAACACCACCAAUACCUCCUUGAUAUUUACAAAUCUAGAUCCAGGAACUCUCUAUACUAUCAAGGCUUAUGCCUGGAAUGCCAAUGGAAUGCCUGGAGAUGAUUUCACAUAUAACCAAAGAACAAGUCCUAAUACACCAGUGGAUGUUAAAAUAGCUUUCAAUAGUGGUGCUUUAAGAGCUGUUGUCUCUUGGAUGCCAACAGAAGGAGCUCUAAUUUACAGUGUCACAGUCUCCAGUGGACUCCUGAAACUGAGGUGUAACACAUCUUCUGCUUCCUGCAUGGUGCCAUCCCUUCAGUGCAGCUCUGAAUAUUAUGUGUCUGUCACAGCAUACAAUGAUGCUGGAUCCAGUGAACCUACUGAUGCAGUAAGCUUAAAAACUAUUCCUUGUGCACCAGUAAACAUAUCAAUUCAAGAGGAUGAGCCAGGUCAUUUACUGGUAUCAUGGUCUAGCGUCAGUUUGGGUCAUUAUUAUGUGGUUUUUGUCAAGAGUGAUGAUGGUUUGGAAGUGCACUGCAACACAUCACAUACUCAAUGCCAUUUCCAGUCGGACUGUGGUUUCACUUAUUUCAUUAGUGUCUUUGCAUAUAACAAGGCAGGACAGAGUCCUUCAGGUGAUGUACUCAAUUACACUACUGCUCCUUGUUGCCCAAGUGACUUCAGAGCCGUGUUCAUAUCAAGCGACACGGUGCGGGUCACCUGGGCUCCUGUGCGAGGCGCCGAUCUGUACGAGACCCGAGCAGCUGGCGGCAGCGGUGUGGUGUUCUGCAGGGACACGGCCACGGCCUGCACCCUGUCGGCUCUGCAGUGCAGCACCCGCUACAACAUCACCGUGUACUCCUUCAGCGAGGCCCGGGGCUGCAACACCUCGUGUGCGCCUCAGUACGUGGCAACAGCUCCCUGCAGUCCUGAAAUAAAAAAUAUCUCAAAGGAGGGUCUGUCUGUAAUCAGUGUGUGGUGGCAACCUAACAAUGAAGAAGCUACGUAUGUUGUCACUGCCAGAGGAGAGGCUGGACUUUGGCACUGCACAAGCACCAGGAAUUCCUGUACCCUAAUGCAUCUUCCCUGUGGAUCUGCUUUCUCCGUAAGUGCUGUAGCAAGAUCACCAGCAGGACAGAGCUUACCAAGCUACAGUAUCCCUUUAGAGACAGCUCCUUGUUGCCCUAAUGACCUGAUACUAACUCAAGUGACACAGUCGGUAACCAAUAUCAGCUGGUCUGUUGGGAGGGGUGCACAGACAUAUGUAACAACACUGGAGUCUCCAAAAGGACAGGCCAAGUGUCACACACUCCAGACCUACUGUCUCCUGGGAUGUAUUACAUGUGGCACCAACUACACGGUGUCUCUGAGAGCCAUUAGUGAGACGGGUUUGACAUCCAGCUGCACCUAUCAGGGAUAUUCUUCAAGUGCUUGCUGCCCUUCUGGGGUGAAGCUCUACAGACUCGGCAACAAUGGCAUUAGGGUGUUCUGGCAAGUUUCUGAUGAAAUGAUAAACUACAAUGCUGAUUUACAUGGCUCAAAGGGCAAUUUCAGCUGUACCCCCAGCUCAGGUCUGAGUCACUGUGAUAUCACCAAGAUACCUUGUGGGGAUGUCUACACUGUGGUGGUUGCUCCAGUGACAGACAAGGAGCCAAAGCUCACAUUUUGUCCUAAGAAAAUAUAUUCAGUCACCUGUUCUGGAAGUUCUCUUGGAAUGGUUAUUUAUAGAGGAAAGAGCAAUGCAAAAUACGUCUAGAUGAAAUUCUGGUUCAGGUAAGGAGGUAAGUUAUAAGAAUUGCAAUUCGUAUUAGAAUGUAUGAACCCAACUUUUCCUGCUGAUUAUAUCUUUGGGAUUGGAGGGAAAUGUUUCACCACUCCUGUAUAUCAUAAGUGGUUUGUUAAAAUCCAUCACAUUUACCUCAGAAAUCUCUUGUAAUUUAUUUCUACUAGCACUACUGAUUUGUCCUCUCCUCCAUUUAUAACAACCUUCUUUAACUUCAUGAAGCCUUCACUUCACUAUGCUAUAAUUCCCCAGAAAAGCCCUUAAAAUCCAAAGAGAUAAAAAUAUUCUUCAGCACUCAUUUACUUUCUCCUGAUGCUCUGGACUAUUUUCUGCUCCUGUCUCAGUGGAUUGACAAGAAAUUGCUGUUUUUUCCCCUAAGGUUGAUGUAAGAUUUUUUGCUGCUGUUCACCUACUGCUAUCCUGGAUGUUAAGAUUGUUCAUAACACCAUUCUCCCUAAUUGUUAUUUUCAGUCCUUUUUCCCCUGAAGCUGGAAAGACACGUCUGUGCUUAAGUGCAACAUUCACAGCUGCUUGAGGACUGGGAGUAGGAAAGUUGAACACAUAGCCAUACCUGAGACCUAAUCCAGGCAGGACCUUCUCAUACUCCACAGUGGUUACUUUUUCAGCCGACUUUGAAACCAAAGUUGAAGGUCAAUGAUUCUACAAACACGUGUGUCAUCUAACAGUCUUUGGAAGCCUAUGUAUACAAAGGUAUCCAAAGACAACAGGGUUUCUAGCACUAUUUUCAGCUUAUAAAAACAGACACUGUCCAUUCUGGCAAUUUCCUUUCUUCAGAGAACACAUUGGGCGUUAAGUAUCUCAGCCAAUGCUUCUGAUCACUUCUGCAAAAUCUCAAAGGAAUCUCACACUUCAGUAAGUUGUUUGUAGAUAGCCCAAGAAUUGUAUGCUGCUUCUUAAAACAUGAUCUGCAAGUCUUUCUUUAGGAAACACAUUUAAAAGUGCUUUGCAUUAGUUAGCAGAAAUUUGGCUUUAUUUCUCACUUAAUAAAAAAAUUAAACAGCCUUCUUUUUUGAGGGUUCUAUGUCAAUAUUUCUUCUUUGCAGACAUCAUUGCCAAACACUGUCACCACAGUUAAGUAUUUAACUGGGCCUUUAGAGAUCUAAAGCAAUUAGCUCUUUUUGGAACCAAAUUCAAGUCCCAAACUACUUCUUUUCACCUAAGCAAUUCUGACAAUUCCAUGCUCUAAUAGUAACUUUAAUGUGCUUUAAGGCAUUCUAGAUUAUUGGUUAUGUUUUCUUAAUUCUCCCUAGUAUACACACCUUAACCCCUCAAUUACACACUAGAAACAACGUUGUAGUACUGUUUUCAUUUGCUCCUCUCUCUUUUGUCACUAAGUGUAAUUGUAUCAGAAUGUAUUAUUUGUAUGUCUGUUCGGGGGAAAAAAGGCAAAAAGCUGAAGAGUCAUGAUUUCAAGAAAAAAACACUUUGCUUCAGCUCUAAAAAACUGGGCAGCAGAUAUAUACAAUUAGCAAAAGACGGAAGAAAAGCAACACUGACUGAGCCAGAUACACACCUCCUACUCUGGCAGUGUGUAACCUUAAGGUGUUGUUAUUCAGGCAUUACACACUGUCUAAUAACUGCCUAACAGUUAACAUUGCUGAUACAUUAAACAGCACUGGAAUUCACUAAGCUGAUUUUAAAAUUUGGUCAGGAUUGGUUGCAGGUUCUCUCCAGACUGAGGUAAACACGCUUUUAUGGGUCAUGCUAGCUUCAGAUCACAGGAAAGGGCCAAUUAGUUGUCAUGUAUUUGUAGAUACUGCUCCUGUACUAUUUACUUGAAUAAAGCUCUGGACUUCAUGAAACAAAAAAACCCAAAAACAAAACAAAAACAAACAAAAAACCAAAAAAAACCCCACCAAAACCCCAAGCAAUAAAAUUAUCAACUGAACAAACAACAACGAUCCUACCAAAAAGCCCAAAACAAUGCAACCCCACUCCACUGUGUCUUGAAAGAAGACUUGAGAACCAAGAAAAUUCCUGUUGAAUACUUGGAGGCAGGCAGCAUAUGGAUAUGCUAAAAUGGAUGCUUUCCAAGCAGUAGCUGUGAAAUCAUGUGGACUAACAAAUUAGGUAAUUAAAACCACCUAGGUUAUUUCACAGUAGACUACUUCAUUAAUGCUUACUUAAUAAAAAAAUUUAAAUUCAAUGCAUAAUAGUUAAGAUGUAUUAGUUGGAAUUACACAAACACUUGCAAAAAAAUUUGUAUAUAUUAUUUAAAAUACACAUUGUUUUAAAUUUCAUUUGACACAGAAUAAUAGCUCAAACCUUAGAUUCAAUCCACUAAAGGAACUUGCAAAAAUCUACCCUUCAGCUGAUGUCAGACUCUACCCAAAUUUACUGAGAUUUAGUGUUCUACUGCUUUUAACUAUUGCUGGUGAAAAGUAAAAGAGAUACAAUGACAACCUCAUUGCAAAACAUCAAAAUUAGCACUUAAAUGCUGUUUUACCCUGCUUAAUAGCUGGUGGUCAUCCAUACUUAAAGCUACAUGUGCUUCACAGUGGGGCAAAGGGCUCAAAGAUCUAAAGCCAGCAGAAUUCAUCAAAUUCCUUCAGGUUCCUCUAAAGAGGGGAACUUGUAUGCUGUAGGAGGCUACUAAUAUUACUAUUCCAGUACUUAGCAUUGGAGCCACAGGUAAUUUCCAAGACAGAUGAGGCUUCACAAGGAUAUCUAUCCUAGGCUAUUAUGGGCAUGUGGCAGACUAUGGAAGCUUCAGGUUCAUAGUGCUUCGGUCAUGGUCAUUUACCCUGAGAACUGAAGAGUGCACACUGUGAGACAACAGCUCUGCAACCAGAGCUCCUCCAGCUAAAACUGGCAGAAAUUUUCUUCUAAAGCCCCUGAGGUGAAUGUCCAAUGCAGCUGUACUGCACUGCAACAACUGCACCAGAGUGGCAGCACUGGUGCCUCCACUAGCUCACCCGGGCUCAUCACAGUUGCUUUUACAGCCCUGCAGUUCCUUCUGCUUUUUAAGGAAGGGCACAUGAAAUAAUAAAAUGGCAUCAGAAAGACAAAAAGGAAUUAAGAGACCCUGGAUACAAACUGAAGAGCUGCAUGACAGUAAAUCCCAAGGUGUCUUGAUUCAAGUAAUUUUCACAGGUCUUGGUUGGCAGUGAAUAUUGUGCUGCCCAUUACACUGCCAACUCAAGUACAUAAUAUUGAUAAGAUUAAAUUCACAGGUCAGAAAAGACUACUUAUAAAAUAGGAAAAUAAAAACACAGUCCUGAAAUUACUGCACUUGUAGAGAUCCUGGAUGAGCCAGUCUUUGCACAAACUAAUAUCAAAUAUUCACCAUCUUUGUUGCAGUGAGACAGUGCUUGUCCACGUUCAGGUCAAACAUUGUCUCUCAAAUACCUGUAUUUUUUCCUGCAAAUAAACCAUUCUUUCAUUGUAUUGCCCAACAGUCUCGGAAGAGGAAGAUCCCUGAAGGAACAACUGGAAAUCAGUUAUCCAUUUUCCCUGACAAAACACUGGUUCUGCAGCCUCUCUGCUGAAGAACAUACUUGUUUCAGAAACUGAAGGUUGAAAACAAGGCCAAAAGAAGCCCUCUAGACACAAGAUAAAUUAAGGUUGCCCUUUCUGGACAGAAUCCAUGCAAUCCCUCGGCAGUCUGCAGAGCAUGUUCUAGUUAUCUACUAGACAGAGUAUUUUUUUUCUUCUCCAAUCUUAAAUGAAAGCUCAGUAUUUUAGCUUUACACUGCAAGGGAAUUAAUUUGUUGAAGCUUACGUUUUGUUUCAAGUUCAGACUUAACAUCAGGUAACACAAAUAUAAGCAGACAAUCUUAACAACAUCAGUACUAAAAAAUGUUGAUUACUAAGGAUCAUGGUGAUAAAGACCAUUACAGUUCAGAAAACGAGAAAAGCAGGGAGGAAGAAAAAACCUUUUCUUCUUGGAAUACUAUGGAAUGGAGUAUACUGUUGCAAACACUGUUUUCCUUGGAUGUUUAAAACAAAAUAUGCCUAAAUGCCCUGCAUCACACAGAAACAAAAAAAAAAAGGCACAAAUACUGUAUUUCUACCCUCAGGUUACUUCAUGAUUGAUUCCCACUUCACAUUCUUCCUAUCUUGGGGCUGUGGCAUUUGUUUGCUACAUCUUUGUUGUAAGUUACUUAUUACAUAAAAUCCCUUAUUCAUACAGUGUCACUUGAUCUGAAAAUAAAAUGUGGAGGAACUGAAGCAUUCUUUAACUGGCAAUGAAUGUGCAGGGAAAAUCUGACACUCAAUACAAAGGAAUUAAUUGAGAGUUUAUUCCAGAUGGUUCUCCUCACUUAGUAUACAAGUCAUCAGAGUAAUCUAUGAAAUAGACUUGGACUUUAGUGAUAUGAUCUUUUUCUAUAAUGCAUUUUGGUUUUUGCUUCUAACAACCUGUUUAAAAAAAAAUCUGCCAGAUGAAAUGUUCAGCACAAACUGUGAUCUUUACUAUUUGUAGAAAAUAUGAAUUAAAAAAGGACACUAUCAUUUAAUUCUUAUUUUAAAUGUUUACACUUAUAAAAUGCUUUGGAAGCUUGAAA